AUGGAAUCCAACGAAGUCAACUCAUCAUUCUUCCCGCCCCCACCCCCGAGACACAAGCUAUUCACCAACAAGAACCUGAGCUUAGCCAAACGACUGAGAGCCGAGGCCGACGACUAUCAAGAGAUCUCGGACGAACACCCCUUCGAUCGCUCGAAACAGCAAGAGAUCGUGGGCGAAGAACUGAAUGAGGUCGAUCUACGCACACUCAUCCAACCCCCAUUGCUGGAUUGGAUCCGACAGAAUAACGGCUGGAAUGCGUUCGGCGAUCAUGAGCCCUGGCCGGACUGCUCGAGCGGAAGAGCCAGCUUGGAAGGCAUGCCGAAACUGUACGACCCUAAGAUGGAACGAAAGGAUGCUUUACAGGCACUCUUGAACACAUUGAUCCAUGGAUAUCUGGAACUCUUGCAAGUCUUGACCAACGAAGGCCCUACCUCACUCUCAACUAGUACUACUGCUACUAACACCACCACUGGAGGAACAGCUGGGACUGCACCAACGAGCUCCAAGACCGACCAGAUCGUCUCUCACAUCGAACUCACCGCCUUCAAUAUCCAUGGGCUGUGUAACGAACUCCGGCCCCGUCAGGCCCGCGAAACCCUUAAACUGAUGGUCGCUCAACAGGCAUCCGAGAAGCGUCAGAAGGCUAUCCUCGUCUCUCAGACUUGUGAGGAGCUGCGCAAACAACUCGUCCAGAUCAAAAACGAGCAUCCUUCCUCAUCGCCGGCCGAUUCGCGCGCAAAUCCCGCGCUUCCAUCAAAGCCUCGGUCUCCAAAACAGCCGACUCCUAUCCAAGACCAAGCUCUUCGAUCGCAGGGUGCGACGACGCCAAGGUCGGCCGGAUACGACUUCGAUCUGCUCGCCUCGCGCCUCCAUAAUCCGCUCCUUCCUCCCUCCUCCUCCUUCUCUUGA